UGCAUCUGACGCCAGAGGGCAGCAUCUUAUAAUAGCUCGGUUAUUUCCCACCGGAAACUCAUUGAGACUCGAAGAAGAACAAAGGGAGGUGAAAUCGUUUAGGACCAAGACACAAAAUCAAAAAGACAUUAAAUCACAAUGCUUCCCCUCUCUCUGCUGAAGACGGCCCAGAACCACCCUAUGCUGGUGGAGCUGAAAAAUGGGGAGACGUAUAACGGUCACCUGGUCAGCUGUGACAACUGGAUGAACAUCAACCUGAGAGAAGUUAUCUGCACCUCAAGGGAUGGAGAUAAGUUCUGGAGGAUGCCUGAGUGCUACAUCAGAGGAAGCACCAUCAAGUAUCUGCGAAUCCCAGACGAGAUCAUCGACAUGGUGAAGGAGGAGGUGGUGUCCAAGGGCCGCGGACGUGGAGGUGCCCAGCAGAACAAACAGCAGGGCAAAGGAAGGGGAGGAGCUGGCCGAGGUCUGUUUGGUGGUCGUGGCAGAGGAUUGAGCGGCCCCGGUCGUGGCCAGCAGCAACAGAUACAGCUACCGCAGCAGCAGGAUAAGAAACCAGGCAAACCACAGGGAAUGAAGAACCAGCACUGACGGACAACAUGGCCCCAUCAACAGCGCACCCUCUUAUUCAGUCAUUACUCCUUCUAUGCGCCUCUGGUGUUUUCUACAGCUGAGAUGUUUGUCAGGACUGACCGCUGCAGAAAUCACGCUGGGAGAAGUUGAGAGAAACUGUGCAUUUGCACUGAAUUUUUGUUUUUAGCAUCUUUAAGUUGGUCUGACAUUUUUUUAUGACAAUAUACUGGUGUAUCAGUCAGAGCUAAUAGGCUUCUUUACUGUUCUUUUGAAAUACGAAUCAUUACAAAUUUACAGCUUGUAUCACAAAAUCACAUUUAGAUAUUCAACAAGUACUUGUUCAUCAGGUGGUACACUGGAACAAGGUUUAUGUUUAUAUACUUUUUGCUUGUCAACUUGUCUCCUCGGCUGUGGUUUUGAUUGGUGAAGAAACUGCUCAGCCCCAACUUCUGUUGCAUGAUUUUUUUCCUCUGUUAACUUGCUCUUUAUUUCUGUGUUUUGUGACGUAAUGUUGUUUCCAACAUUUUUGAUCGGCUGCCGAUCACAGCAGGUGAAGAGUAGACGAGCAGUUGCAGGAGUCGUCCCUUGAAAUUAACACUUCUGUUUAAGCAUUUAAGAGGCAACAUGUGUUGAUGAUAAAAAGAAAAAGUUUCUCAUGUUCUUAAGUCUGAUGUGGAUGAGUCCAACGUGUGUCAAGUUGGUUGGAUAUCAUUUUAUUUUUGUAUCAAAAGACAAUGUUGUAAGUUAUUUACAUGAGAAUAAAACAACUUUUGUUAAA